AUGAGCGCUUUCUGGCUUGCCGCCAGUCAGUCAGGCCGUGUCCACUGCCGUGCGGCUCCUCUCAACUCGCACGAUGACGGUAUAUUGGGCGUGAAUGGUGGGGAGUGGCUACAGGGCAAUAUUCAUCAUUACUAUGUUAUAAAUAGCAUAUCCAUAAACCCAGGAAUGACUGUAGUUGCUUUGUUGUUUGCAGCACUGUGGAGUUCUGGAUUGCCACUGUUAGAUGAGGAUUGGUUUGAACAAUUUACUGUUACCUGGAGUUCUGCCUUGACUAAAUCUUUUGAGCAGUUGUUCUUCAUGAACGAAAAGAUUCACUCCAAGAAGGCGUUGGAGCCAAGGAUACUGCACCCAAGUCCUACCACUUUGGAAAUAUUUGGUACACCUUGCUCAGACAAAUAUACCACAAUUGGUAAGUUCAAGACGACAACCUGCAAAGCAGCAAAAGGAAGUCCAAUAGUAGGAGUUAAACAAGUAAUACUUGGUUUAAUAAACAUUUCUAUUAGGCACGAAAUACAGCAGCAUAAGAUGGAGUCGAAUAGUAACAAGCAAGACGAAAACAUUACAAGGUCAGACCCAGAAUUAGGGACCAUAGAUACUGUUGUAGGGUUGGAAAAUCCUAUAGAUGAAUCCACAAAACAGGAGGAACGGGAAGUGAAACCAAAGGUAGUGAAAAGUGAACCCAAUGUAUCUGUGGAUGCAGGUCACAAGGGAGAGGAUAUGGAAUUAACAAGUUUGUUAAAUAGUAUGAUGGCGCAAAUUCGAGAAGGGAAUGCUAGUUUGAAAGCAGAAAUGGCUAGUCAUAUAUCCCAAUUGGAUGAAAACCUAUCUGGUAAAAUAAAAGCCAAUUUAGAUAUUUUGAAUACGCAAAGCCAACGUAUCACAGAGGUAAACAAAUCAGUAAAUAGCAUUAGGGCUGAAAUAACAAAUGUUCAGAGAAAAGUCACAGAAAUAGAGAAAAGAUUUGAUACCGAAAUUCAGAGAAUAGAGAAAUCAGUGGAACCUUUGGUUAGUGAAAAAUUAGAACCGAUAAUUGAAAGUAAAUUACAGGUGAUAGUACCAUUUGUAAAGAAAGAGAUUGUUAAAGAAACGGCAGCUGAUAUUGAAACACUGCGCAAUACCAUGUUGAGUUUUGAUGCAUGUGUGCAGGAGCAGGAAAAUACACUGCGUAAUGAGAUAAAAUUGUUAAGUCAGCAAGUUCAGAAUCAGACGUUUCUUAACUGUAGUGGUAUCCCAUUGGUCAAGGGCCUAACGCGCGCGGAAAGAAAGAAAUGGCCCACAUAUAGGGAAGAUCGGAGUAUUCAGUACUAUAGUAGGAUAGUGCGUCGUUCGCCUGAAGAGCAGUUACAUAAACGAAACUUUGCGAAGUAUAAUGCAGGGAUACAAACAGAGGAGAGAGAGCAGGGAGGAAUUAUUAAGGGAAAUGAAGUAGGAAAAGAAUAUCGGUCGGAUGUGAAGGCUCACGUGAAUGAAAUAAGUACAAUGCGAGGUCAGAGUGACGAAUUGAUGAAGGAAGAGUCAGAGAAGGCGUUGUUUGUCGGUAGGGAUGGCAACUGUGCAGAGAGGCAGGGGCAAGGUAGGAGUGAUGUGAUUUAUGGUAAAAGGUUCGUACGAAUAGUCGACGAAUCGCAUCGAGAAGUAAUUAAAGAGGAAAGGGUGGAUAAGAAAAAGGGGCAUAGUGCAGAGACGCAUGCCGAUUCAGAAAUUACCUCGUAUGCAGAAUAUGUACAUCAGCUCAAAAGCCAGCCAGCACAAUUAGAAAGAUCUUCCACUCAAGUGAUUAAUUUGGACCCGAAUAUGACAGUGUUAGAGAGCCAUACCGAUUAUGAUGUAGAAAUUAGAGAAAGUGUAUCUAACCAAGAGAAAGAGUGUUGUGAUCCCUGUAGUACUGAAGCAAAUGAGUUGAGUGAGACUGGAAUUCCAUUAGUAGGGGAAAAUUAUGAAAGUAAGAGUGGCGAAUGCACUAUCCAACAAAGGGAAAGUAGAGAAAGGGAUUAUAAUUUGCGAGAAUUAUUUGAAUCCGAAGAAGGUCAUAUUUCUAUGGAGGAGGAAUUAUCGUCAGAAUCAUCAGAAAGCAUCCAGGGAGAAAAAGAAGUAGAGGAAGUUUCCGAUUCUGCAACCGAGAGUUCAGGCAUGACAGAUUCGAAUGAGAACGAGAUGGCAUUAAAGAGCCUAGACGAAGGACUAUUGGAAAAAGUGGUGAAAGAAUUUAGGAUGAAAAGGAGAAAGAAACCUCCAGAUGGAAUGGGUCGAAGUACUGGACGCAAACUGGAAACGUUUUUAGAUCGCUUUUGUUGGAUGCAUUGGUUGCCAACCUAA